CCUAUUUCUAUUGUAUUCUAACAUAGUUUAUUGAGAAACCAAAGUGAGGUUCUAUGUGUAAGUUAGAGCUAUAGUUGUCAAAACCUUUAAAAGAUACUUUACACAUCGAUAUUUCGUGUCUGUUCUUCAUUGAACUGUUAUUUCUUUUAUAAAGAAAUGUUAAAAUAAAACACUUUCGUUUUUCUAUUUCGUGACACCAGAUGUCAAUUUACUAGUAAUCAUUAGACUUCAUCAGACAAGUAACAGUAGUUUGUUGUUUGACCCAGAGGAAUGUAUGGAAGGGGGCUUUUGAUGUUGUGUAAUCUAACUGAAUUUUUCAGUUAUGUGUGAAAUUCAGUCAUUUGAAUGUUCAUAUGUCUACCGAGAUGGUGUCUCCGAUUGAAAGUGUUCCAGUUAUAGAAGCAGUUGCAUCUUUAGAAGCUGAUGAUGAAGCUAAAGACAGGCUGUUGAGAAGUGUUCAGCUUGCCGUUGGAGAGAUUCAAGAUUUAGCCAGCAAAGCAAAUCCAGAAUUUAUUUUAAAUGGACAGUUGCAAGAAGUGCAUUUCUUGUGUGAGAGGUUGGAUAAAAUUUUCUUGUAUGGCCUGAAGCAGUUACAAUGGGGUUACUGGCCAUUUGUACAAGAAUUUUGUCAUCGAAAUACCCAAGAUUAUUUGAAAACACUGGAGCUAGUUACAUCUAGUCUUGGAAAAAGUCGUGCUUGGCUUUUUCAUUCCCUGAAUGAAUGCAUGUUGGAAGCUUACAUCAGGUCAUUCCUUCAGAAUCCAAAAAUAGUCCACAAGUUUUAUAUGCAGUCAGCCUUAUUUAGAGAUGAACAGAGGACUCAACUGUUAGUUACCAUAUUAGCUGGCCUAGAAUUUGUUCCUUUCCAGCUUGAACUAAAUGUACUCAGCCUUGACAAACCAGAGUUUUUAUCUUCAACAAGAAGUUCCAAAAAACAAGGUACAGCAUCAUCAUGGAGUUUGGACAAGGACUCAGAGGGAACAUUACCCAGUUCCAGCUCAUUGGGAAGUUUUCAAGAAAUUGACAUGGGUGUUGUGUGCCCACAGAAUGGUAUGGAAGUUAUGUGUGAGAGGGGUGUUGUAGAAGUUGAAGUGCAUGCAGAGGUGGAUAAUAAUGCUAUUCCAAAGGCAACUCCUCCAGAAGAAAGGACCAGGUUACAACAUAUCAUUGAUAAGGAGUCUCUGAACAGUGAUGAUACUACCUCAGAUACUACUGAUGUUGAAGUGAUACGCACCAGAGUUGUUCGUAGACGAAAGAAAGUAACGUACAAGUCUGGAAAUAGUUGUGAUAAUCUUAGUAUUGAUACUCAGAAGCAAGAUGAGCUUAGAGAGAACUUGGAAAACAGGGAAAGAGAAAAUCAAAAGAGUUUUGUUUGUAACAGAUAUAGUAGAGAUUCUGGAAUGUGUUGUGAUACUCCUAAUCUUGAAUUGGAAGAUGACCUGGAGCAACAAAGGAACAAGAGGAAUAUACUACAAGUGCAUGACACUUCUCUUGAUCUUAAAUUUUUAAGAUCUUCAGAAGCACUCAAUAUAAACAGUAGGGAAACAAAAAAAAUUAAAGAAAAGGGUCUUUCUCCAGUGUGGAUGGAGGAAAGAGGAGUACCAGAGGGUGAAGAAGCACCACACUCUAAACAUCAAAACCAAGAAAACUCUUGCUGUUCUUCUUUGGUACAGCUAGAGUCUCCAAAUUCAGAGGAUUCUGAAAUAUCAAUCUAUGACUCUGGGAAGGCUUCCAGUAACAUGAUUGAUAAUAUAAAAAAAUCUAGUUCUGUAUUUCGGGGUUUUCAAGAAGACAGUUUUGAAGUGGAUGAAGUUGAAACCGCUAAGAUCUCACCAAUUAAAGGAGAAAAAUGUGGUUGCACAGAAAUGUUCCAAAAUCACCUCUUAAAGAAGAAAAGUUCAGAUGAAUUUUCAGGUUCACAAUCAGAUCUCAGAUUACACAACAAUACUCUUCUGUUUUUGAUGUUAGAAGUGUUUGAAAAUGAAGAUGAAGUUUUCUACAAGAUGUUCUUAACAGCUACAGAAUUUGUGGAAGGUCAUGGUCAACAUAUAUUUCUCUUGCUCACCAGUAAAUGUCUGUAUGUGUUGCAACCUGGUAUUAGUGUUUACAAGUUCCAUAAGCUUCUGUGCUUCACCUAUUCAGAAAUUGAUUGUGUGCUGUUGUUUUUAAACUAUCAAGGGUUUUUACUGAUCAGUCAAGACAGAAAGAAAAAGUUUCCUGUUUGGACGGCUAGUGAGCAUCUGACAAGGAGCAUCAUAUCUAGUCUAGAGCUUGCAGUUAGAGGUUCAAAAUCUUCUGCUCUCCCAUGUGUACCUACUGACUGUAUUGGACAGAUAACCCUGCUUAAAAAGGCUUUGAGUGCAGAAAUAAAAUGUGAAGUGGCUGAUUUGGAAAUACACCAUUACGUUCUUGCUUACUGGGAUAAUCACAAGAGAGGUCACUCGUCACCAGGAACUCUGGGUGGUCCAAGGAGAAGUGGCUUUCUAAUGUAUCGAACAAAACUGGGUAGAAACGGGAUUUCUAACUCUUGGAAACCAGCCUAUUUUGUUCUGAAGGCUGGUGUCCUUUACUGUUUUGAUCAAGAAGGAGUAAAAGAACCAAGGUUCUUCAUACAUCUGAGGUUUCCAUAUUGCGGUGGCUGUAGGAGGCUCCCAUUAGAAGAUAAACCUCAUUCAUUCGAAUUAAUCCUCCCAAAUUGGGACUCCCUUCAGAUGGCAGCAUCUGAUGAUAAUGAAACUAGUGACUGGCUUCAGGAUUUUCUGCACACAGUUUCUCUGGCAGAUCGUGUUUUGGAAGUAGAUCCUCCACUUCCUUAUCAGUGUUGUCUGGUUCUUGCUGGAGACUAUAUGUUUACAGUCUUAGAAAAUAAUUAUGGAGGAGAAGUGAAGGCAGUUCUAGGUAAAACCAACAUUACUGAUCUUCUAACCUUGAGUACUGAUGAAGAAAUGCCAAAUUACUGUAUACUGGAGUUUGAUUGCACAGAAGUAGAUAAUUGCAGUGGUGAGUGGAUCUUCUAUUUUAUGACUGAGCAUGAGCAGCACAAGUUUGUGAAUGUUGUUUCUGGAUUGUGGGAAAAUCUAUUCAAGAUCCCAUUGGCCAAAGCAGCAAGUAAAGACCUAAGUUUGAGAAGAAAAUGUCAAGAAAGGUGGGGUUAUACAUGCCAGACUAAGGAAGUGCUUGAGAAGCUUUGUUUGGAUAGUUGACAAUAGUAUGGUAUUGUAUGUGAUGUUAAACUGUAAAUGAAAUGCAACUUAUAUUAUGAAAGUACUUAUAUUUUAAACAUAAAUACUCCCUGAUUUGUUUAAGUUGAAUUAAACAUAGUUUAGUGAUUACUUGCAUUUUAAGCGGAGUAGUUUUGGAUCAUUGAACUGAAAACUGAGAUAUUGCUUAAGAUGUAUGGGUGAAAGUCAAAUAAGUUAGGGAAGAGCAACGUCAGGCAUUAUUUCCAUAGGCUUUAAUGCUUCUUGUUCCAGAAAUUUUGAAGUCAAAUUCUAGUGUAAAUUUACUAUCAGAAACAGCAUUAAAAACAUAUGUAUGUGUGUUUUUUUCUUUACAUUUUAGGUAUUAGCGUUAUUAUUAAUAUCACUAAAAGAUAUGUAUAUGUGUGUAGAAAGGAAAUAUUAACAUUUAUAUCUAACACUACAAUUAGGUUUUGUUAGUGAUUUUAUAGUGAUAUAUUACAUAUCUGUUAUCAACUGAUAUAGUAUUAUUCCAGUUUUUAUAUAAUACUAGGAAUACUUGAUGAUAAAUAUACAAGUAGAAUUCAGUAUUUUAUGAACAUUUCAUUGUGUCAGCUAAACUGUAGUAAUGCAAAAUGCUAUAAUUUUGAUAUUCUAUGCUUGUUGUUGUGCAGUUAUUGGUUUAUGGGAAAGUGUGCUGCAAAAAUUGAAGAGUAAAUUCUUACAAAGCCUAAUUUGAACAAAGGAAUGACUAGACCCUAACUUUCAGAACAGAUGAUUGAUUUAGAAAGUUCAUAAAACCAGUGGUUCCCAAAUUGAAGUUCCUGAGAUGACCACUAGGUAUUUAAAAAUAUUCACUUUAAUACUUCAAAUGAGAAUUUUAUUUAUUGCAAUAAAUUUGAAUACCCAGUGUUGUUUAUGCCUGAGUUAAUUUUUCAAGUAACAAAAUGCAGUGAAAGUUAGGUACUUCAGAGAGGCUGUUAUUUAAAAUUUCUAUUAAAUCACUUAAGUGGAGGUCCUCAGUCAGAUGUUUAAGGUCUUGGGAAGCCUCCAGUUUGGGAACCCCUAACUUAGUGCAUAUUGUAAUCAACAGACAUUGUACAAUUACUAGACCAUUACUUUAAUCUUUACUGAGAGAAUUUAUCUGACUUUUAUCAUUGUGUUUUUUUUUAAUUUGUUAAAGAGAAUGAAAGAGCACAAUGUGUUUAGUUUGUUGUGGUAAAUUACCUUAUUAUUUCUUCUGAGACAGUUAAGUGGUUUUUAUUUUUGAUUUAAUGAAAAAAAUUACAUUUAAGGUAAAAGACUUGAGUGUAUCUCAGAUUGUUUUACAUAUAUUGGAUUAAAGUUGUCAAGUUCUUUUAUUUAUAAUAUAAAAAUAGAUCAUUCUUACUGUUUGAACUUUAAAUAUUUAAAGUCAUGAUCAUUUUAAAUGUCUUCUUACAUUUCCAACUGUACUAGACAUUGAAUGUUUAAUUUUUUUUAUGCUGUUCAUUUUUUUAUUUGUUUCUUACCAAAUAUCAUAAAAUGAUUAAGAAAAUCUUUUAUUAUGACAGACAACAGAUCAUCUGCUGUAACAUUCCCUAAAUGCUGUUUUGUGAUUUUAAAUUAAUAUUUCUGUGUGUAUUGAUAAUUUGAAAAAACUUAUUGCAUUUAUCAUAAUUUUAUCAAAGACAAGAAACUAUCCAUUUAUUCUGCUUAUGUAUUGAUUAAGGCUAACAAGAAGAAAGCAGCUUAAAACAUGGAAAUUUGUUUGGUAAGCCUUGGCAAUACCAGGUUUUAUUAGAACUUGAUAAACAAAGCAGGAGUGGUAUGAGUGCUGAUUAGUAUAAUUGUUGGAAGUUUUUGUAUUGUGGGUGAUUUGUUAAUAUUGGAGCAAAUUGAAUAGAAAAGGAAGGUUUCAAAACUAGUGUAUAUUUUUGAAAUAUAGAUCGAUAAAAGUGUGAUAAUUGUGGUUUUGUAUAUUAUUGAAGCAAAUUAUAAAGAUGUGAAAGGUUUAAAAAUUGUAGUUAGUGCAGAUUGGAGAUUAUAAAGAGCUGGAAUGUUUGAAAACUGUUAGUUUGUAUUGUUGAAGCAGAUCAUAAAGAACUGUAAUAUUUUAAACCUUUUAGUGUGUAUUGUUGGAGCAGAUCAUAAAGAACUGGAAUGUUUGAAAACUGUUAGUGUGUAAUGUUGGAGUAGAUUGUAAAGAACUGGAAUGUUUGAAACUUAGUGUAUUGUUGAAGCACAUCAUAAAGAACUAGAAUAUUUGAAAACUGGUAGUGUGUAUUGUUGGAGUACAUCAUAAAGAACUAGAAUAUUUGAAAACUGGUAGUGUGUAUUGUUGUAGUAGAUCAUAAAGAACUAGAAUAUUUGAAAACUGGUAGUGUGUAUUGUUGGAGUAGAUCAUAAAGAACUGGAAUGUUUGAAAACUGGUAGUGUGUAUUGUUGGAGUAGAUCAUAAAGAACUGGAAUGUUUGAAAACUGGUAGUGUGUAUUGUUGGAGUAGAUUGUAAAGAACAGGAAUGUUUGAAAACUGGUAGUGUGUAUUGUUGGAGUAGAUUGUAAAGAACAGGAAUGUUUGAAAACUGGUAGUGUGUAUUGUUGGAGUAGAUCAUAAAGAACAGGAAUGUUUGAAAACUGGUAGUGUGUAUUGUUGGAGUAGAUCAUAAAGAACAGGAAUGUUUGAAAACUGUCAGUAUGUAUUGUUGGAGCAGACCAUAAAGAACUUGAAAGUUUUUAAAACUGGUUAAUGUAUAUUAUUAGUGCACUGGUAAAUAUAUAUAUUAUCAGAGGAAUUCUUAAAGAAGUUAGAAGUUUGGAACUGAAUACUAUAUCAUUGAAGCAGUUCAUAAAAAUAUGUGACAUGUAAAAUGCAUUGGACCAUAUUUAAUGGCCCCAUUUUUAUUUUGUAUGAAAUUGUUAGUGAAGAUUAACAUUUAAUGCUUUGUAGCUAGAUGUAAAAUAGAAUUAGAUAUAUGCAUUUUUGGUGCUUUGAUUUUGAGGAUGUAUGCGAGUUGCAUACUAAUUAUUUAAAUUAUUUAAUGAUGUAUUAAAAAAUAUUAUUUUUGAUAUUUAAAGAUUGUCAUGCAAGUGGUUGUAAAUCAUUUUGGAGUUCUGGAGAAGAAGAAGAAAGUAAUUUGCUGGAAAUAAAGUGAAAUUAUUCCUCCCUCAACUGCUUAAACAUAAGUGGUUGCCUGUGGGUUUCCAGUUUACAUAGUGUAAUUUAUCUUAUCUUGAGUAUUUAAAAAUAGGAAUACUGUUAUCAGUAUUCAGUAAUUGUUUGAAAUGUUGCUUUUAUAAGAAUAUUGAGGCUACUUUGUCACUUUUUGGGUUAUUUAUAGUGUAUCAUUUGCAAGAUAAUUUUUGAAGGAUUUUUAUUUCUACUUGUACAACAAAACGUAAAAUAUUGUAUAGUGCUUUAGAAUUGCUACAAAAAAUAAAAUCUUGUAUACUGGUUAGAGCACAAUUAUUAUAAUGUUGAAGAUAUUCAGACUGAUACUUAUUGGAUAAUUUUUUCAAAAUGAAGUAUUUAACAUGAUAUAAAUUAUUUCUUAAUUCUCCAAUUUUGAAACAGCGAACUUUUAAUCAGUUUAGUAUGUGUUUGAGAUUCUUAAUUAUGAUUAUGCUGCUGUUUUUUUUUGAAGGGGAAUUAUUAUGUGCUGUAUGUUGUCAUUUAGUUUUAUAACUAAGAAAGGUUUUAAACAUUGAUUGCUUUGUUUUCUUCUGAAUUAAAAUAGACUUGAGGGGUUUCACCUCCGUGAUAUUUAUAAACUUUUUUAUCGUGAUUAACUGUGAUUUUGUUAAAAUACCUUGAAAAAUAAAUCCUCUUUCACUCCUC